AUGGAUGAGAAUUCGGUCAGCUACGGCACACCUACAAAUGCCGCAUCGCCCGGCGCGAACCCAAUACUAGCACAGCCUCCUCUCCCUGAGGCAAAGGACCAAAAUGAAGGCAGGUUUCCAUUCCACGUGCAAAUGAGUGAGGGCCCUGGCCCGGCGAUCAAGCAAGACAGCACUACUCCUGCGCCCGGUGCGAUAUCUGACAACCCGCUCGACGCGCCCGAAGGACCCCCCGCCGAGACUGCUGGCCAAGAUGACGAGGAAAUGGGCGACGCGCCAAAGAACGAGUCGGCACAGUCCGGCGGCGCCACUCGGACUGACGGCACCGGCGAGGUGAAGACCAAGGAGUUCAUGGAGAAUGCCGCGAGAGAACACCUGAUUUCCCAGACACACGCUAUUGUGCUCCCUAGCUACAGCACCUGGUUCGACAUGAACACCAUCCACAACAUUGAGCGGAAAGCGCUGCCAGAGUUCUUCAACAACCGGAACCGAAGCAAGACACCUGCGGUAUACAAGGACUACCGUGAUUUCAUGAUCAACGCCUACCGGCUGAACCCGGUCGAGUACCUAACAGUCACUGCCUGCCGUCGGAAUCUGGCCGGUGACGUCUGUGCCAUUAUGCGCGUGCAUGCCUUCCUUGAGCAGUGGGGUCUAAUCAAUUAUCAGGUUGACGCUGAGCAACGGCCGUCCCAUGUGGGUCCACCAUUUACCGGCCACUUCAAGAUUAUCUGCGACACGCCCCGCGGCCUUCAGCCGUGGCAGCCGGCGGCCGACCCCGUCGUCUCCGAGGGCAAGCAAAACAAGGAUACCGAGGCCAAGGCUAGCGCGACCCCAGCGCCCAAGAGCGAACUCAACUUGGAAGUCGGCCGCAAUAUCUACGAGGCUAACGCCAAGCUCAACAAGCUCAACAAGACCGACAGCAAGACCAACGGCGAGGCGCCGACAACUAACGGCGUGUCUGGCACGGAUGACCUCACUAAGGCACCGAUUGUCAAGAUCAACUGUUUCAACUGCGGCACCGACUGCACCCGUAUUUACUACCACAGCUCGCAGUCGCACCCCAACUCCAAGGUCAAGUAUGACCUGUGUCCCAGCUGCUACCUUGAAGGGCGCCUGCCGGGCAACCAGACUAGCGCCCACUACACCCGCAUGGAGAAUCCCACCUACUCCUCCAUCCUCGAUAGGGACGCGCCGUGGAGCGAUGCGGAGAUUCUCCGGCUGCUCGAGGCGCUCGAGCGCUACGACGAGGAUUGGGGCGAGAUUGCCGAGUAUGUAGGCACCCGGACGCGCGAGGAAUGCGUGCUCCAAUUCUUGCAGCUCGACAUCGAGGACAAGUAUCUCGAAUCCGAGAAAGUAGAGGCCCCCAUCGGGCUGCAAAUGCUCGGCAGCCACGGCGGUCAGCUGCCCUUUAGCCAAACAGACAAUCCGGUCAUGUCUGUGGUGGGCUUCCUAGCCAGUCUUGCGGAUCCCGCUAGUACAGCGGCUGCCGCCAAUAAGUCGGCCGAGCUCCUGAAGCAGACCCUGCGCAACAAGCUCGAGCACAGCACGCAGGCCGACGCCAGCCAGGCUAACGGCAAGGGCAAAGAGAAGGAGGGCGGGGACACCAUGGAGGUAGACAUACGGCAGGACGUCACGACUACGACCACAACGACAACUACGACGACAACAACCACAAGCACCUCCGCCUUAGCGAGCAUCCCGCUAGCCGCCAUGGGGGCACGAGCCGGGGGGUUGGCAUCCCACGAGGAACGUGAAAUGACACGCCUCGUAUCGGCAGCCGUCAAUGUCACGCUCGAGAAGAUGGAGCUCAAGCUGAAGUACUUCAACGAGAUGGAGUCCAUCCUGCAGGCGGAGCGGCGCGAGCUGGAGCGCGCACGGCAGCAACUGUUUUUGGACCGGCUCGCCUUCAAGCGGCGCGUCCGCGAAGUUCAGGACAAGCUCCGGCAGGCCGUGUCGGUAGGCGGAGACCAGGGCCUGCGUAUGGCGCAGGACGUCAUGACGGACACGGACCGCAUGACGUUCCACCCCGCGCCGCCCGCCGGCGCCGUGCAGCCGCUCAGCGCCGAGGGACAGAUCAAGAGCUACGAGGCCUAG